AGUGCCCACAUUGAAAUCUGCCUCGGCGGUCUCCCCCAAUUUGAUCUGUUUUUUCGUGCUUUAUGUUUAGCAUCGAUUCCUUAUUUCAUCCAGCGCUUAGAUAGUGUCUUCAAUCACUCUGGUUAGGUAAGAAUGAUAAAUUCUUAGAGGUCAAAGUUGUUCUUGUUUUUGUUCAGAAAGCGUGCAUUGCUAGUUAUUUUAAAAUGUUGGAAUGCUUGUUCGACUUCUACAGCUUUCGUGAUGCUUUGGGAGCUGAUGUAUGAAGGUGGACUAACGCUUUUGGCUUUUGAUUCUCAGCAUUAUGGGUGGAAAGACUCGUGGUGAACGCAAGGCUGCGCAACGGCGGCGCCGACGUGGGGAGCCAGCUGACGAGGCGGAACGACGUGCGCUCGCAGGCUACCUGAGUGCUCGCGGUCUGCAGAUGCUUGAGAUAGCGGAGGAUGGAAAUUGCUUAUUUCGGAGUUUCGCGCGUCAAAUCUAUGGCGUCGACGAUGUAAGCCAUUAUUCGGCUGUGAGGGAUCGGUGCGCCGACGCCUUGGUCGCGAACCGAGAGGAGUACGAGCUCUUCCUGGACGAAGAUGGCGAUGGUCCCUUCGAUACCUAUGUGGCAGACCUGAGGAAAGACGGUACGUGGGGUGGGCAGUUGGAAAUCCUGGCGCUCUGUCGCACGUAUAAGGUCGGCGUCAUGCUCUUUCAGCGCGACCAGCGAGGAGGGGCGGAGACUGCUACCCCAAGCGCAGCGGAUAAGAACCGGCGGCGCAAGAACAAAGCCGGAAACGAAGCUGCGGAUCUGGCAACCGAAUUCCGCUUUCACUAUUACGACAUAGAGUGUCCAGUGCUGUUAGACGAGGUGGAUGACGGUGAUGAAAUCGACGCAGCCACUGAGCAGAGCACGACGAUUACAGUUGCUGGGAAAUCGUCCCCACCACAAACUGACAGACAGCAGCAUGAAAAUGAAAAGCUCUUGGAGAAAGAAGGAGAUUGCGCACAGGGCUCCGCUGCAGAAUCUGAGGACAAAGCUCCUGCGUCUGUGCGACGACGAGGAAGGAGAGCAGAGAAGAACAGUGAACGGGCCGCCGUUAGUGAGAAGCAAGCUCAGCAUAUGAGGAAUGCCAGAAGGAGAUGUCGUGGCAAAUGCAUCCUUCUGGCUUAUGUAGGCGGCGAUCACUACAAUGUUGUUCGUUUGGAUCCCACGGAGGGUACUUCAACAUCCAUACUGGACGAUGGUGCAGCUCUACCGACGUUGGAGGCUGUGAAACAGUUGUUGCACGAUUCCGCAUUGGCUCUAAAUCAAGCAAGGAACGGUGACAAAAACGGAAAACAAGCGUUCAAGAAUGGUACAGGAGACACGAAAGGAAUUUCCCUCAGUGCUCAUGGCCCAGACGAUAGCAAGCAUGGUACGGCAAAUUCAGGACUGACUGGGGACUCCGGCUUUGUAGAUUUCGUGACGCAAUUGGAAGAGUGUCUCCCGGAUGGUCCUAGCAAGCGAACGCUGCUAUACGACCAGAAUCGACUCCGACGACACUUUACAGACCACAAAGACGACGUAGAUGAUGCAGUCGAAACUAUGCUUGAACAGUUUCUGGCUUGUGAUCUUAACGGAACUGAUACCUGAAGAUAUUAUGAUUGUCCCUACUGCGCUGUACCCCAUUUCCAAUCCCGCGCAAAAUUGAUAUCGUUUGGCCAUGCUUACAAUAUAUUUAUCCACGAGGAGCAAGGCUAGGCCAAUCUUAUGCUGGCUUAAUCUAUCAACAUUUUUUAUUCAUGGCUUGGAGAUGGAUCUUUGACAUUUUGUCGGUUGAACUCGAACCCUGUCCGAAUAUGUCAAACGGAAGUGAAUUGGUAGACUGUGAUGGUAAAAAGCGUACUGAAAAGUUGAG